UCGAGGCACAGAGAGCGUCUAUAAGCUCCUGGGUCCAGGUAUCACUGGAUAAUAAUUCAUUUGUAACCGGUAUCCCCGACAGGUGAUCAUUUCAUUGUAUGCGUCUGUUCCAAAGACACACUAUAUGACACGGUGUUAAAUCCAGCUGUCCACCCUCCGUGUCUCGUGUCUGUGCUGGCUUCUGAGUGAUGGGAAGGUGCCUCGGUAUGUAAGGUAGCCUACACGGAAGUGUAAUUACAGCGCGUGUCGCUGUGCGUAAAUGACAGGAGAUUUUAUGUAUCUGUUGGCAACGACCACAGCUGGUCCCCAGACAUGGCACCAAAAGACCCUCUGCUUGCCACCCUCAAAGUGUGUGUGCUGAACCUACAGUCACAUGGAGAGACGGUGUCAGACUCCAACCCUCACCUCGCCUCCUGCUGUGAGCUUCUUGAGCUGGUCCUCAGGAAGGGGCUCCAACAGCCAGUUCUCAGUCUGGUACAAAGAGACUACUGGCACUGUUUUGAACAGCUUAUCCACCAAGAUGCCUGCGGCAGGCUGUCCGCCCUGUCCUUGGUGGUGGAGCAGACCAGAGUUUGCAAAAAGCUGCUCUCAGCUCAGGGCCGAGGCCGCUACCUGCUCAGAUUGGCCCUCAGUCGCAAGACGUUACCACAGUUCAUCACACAUCUGCUGCACACACCCAGAAUCCUUGAGUGGUACAGUCCGACAAUGUCAAUCCUCAGGAAUGAGGAAUUUGUGGAGCCUUUCAUGUCGUUGCUACUGGUCCUCUCUCACAUGGAGUUUAAACUCAACAUGGAGAAUUGCAGUUUUCUGGAUGAGAGUUGGCUCCUUCCGGUGUGUGAGACAUAUGAAGUAGUGCCCUGUCGGGAAGUAGGGUUGGUGUUGAGGUAUCUCCAUGGGCGUGUCUUCGUCCUCGAACUGACACCUGGUAGUCAGGCUCAUGUCGACAAGUUUAUCUGCCCUGGUGACAUCAUUGAUGAGAUCAAUGGGACCUCACUGAGGAAUUCCAAGAAUGGACAGGCAGGUGUCGUUCUGUCUCGUCUGAAGGGCUGCCCUCUGUCCAUCAGCGUUCUGCGGUGGAGGGCUCAGGAUGGGACAGUGUAUCGGCCCAUUAUCAAGCUCCUGCGGGCCCUGACGACGGAGAACCCCACCCUGCAGCUUGGUCCUGCUCCCUCCCAGCAGUCAGCCAACAAAGACCAGAGAAACUCUCCGUCACAGUGUCUCAAAGAGGGAAGGAUUGUGUACAUUGUGCAGUAUUUGGGAAAAGCAAGCAUUGGAACGUUUGGGGGCAAGGAGGUGUUACAGCAGGGCAUUAAAGAAGUAUUGCAGAAAAACCUGCCUAGCAAGGAAGUGCUCUUAGAUAUGAAGGAGACGCAUUUGACAUGCACAGAUAGAAACAGUAAACAGGAGCUGUUUGAGCAUCACUAUCCAGAGAUUUCAUGUGUAGGAAGAUAUGGUCAACCAGACUACACAGUAUUUGCAUUCUGUGUGGCAGACUCCCCAGAAACCCCUGAGUCAACAGGCUUCUGCUGUGUGGCACUAAGAGCCAGCAGCAUCAAGGAGUGUGAAGAGGUUGUCUGCCGUAUUGCUACUGGUUUCAAGCAUACUGAAUGGUUUGUAUGACAACCCAGUGGCCAACUGUUCAUUUGUAAAUAAAAUGUCAACUGUGUUUAAAGAUCA